AUGGCAGCGGCCGUGGUGCUGGCCGCCGGGCUCUGCGUGGCGCGUCGGGCGGCGGCGCUGGCAGGGCCUCGGGGGGUGCAGGUCCGAGGAGCUGCAGGUGUGACUGAUGGGAAUGAAGUUGCCAAGGCUCAGCAGGCAGCUCCUGGCGGGGCAGCCCCAACCAUCUUCUCCCGGAUCCUGGAUCGGAGCCUCCCAGCUGACAUCCUGUAUGAGGACCAGCAGUGUCUCGUAUUCCGGGAUGUGGCCCCUCAGGCUCCUGUGCACUUUCUGGUCAUUCCUAAGAAGCCCAUUCCUCGGAUCAGCCAGGCUGAAGAGGAAGACCAACAGCUUCUCGGACACCUUCUCCUUGUGGCCAAGAAAACAGCAAAGGCUGAGGGGCUGGGUGAUGGAUACCGACUUGUGAUCAACGAUGGCAAGCUGGGUGCACAGUCUGUGUACCACCUACACAUUCACGUACUUGGGGGCCGACAGCUCCAGUGGCCUCCAGGUUGA